GUCUUUUGUGAUGCAGCCUCGGAAGUCACACAUCACUUCUGUCAUUCUAACCAACCCGUCAGUGUGGGAGGAUCAAUCCAAAGGCAUGAAUACCAAUAGACAGGGAUCAUCGGGACCCACGUGGGAGGCCCGCUACCGUUGAGGGUCUGACAGUGAUGAUGAUGAUGAUACCUUGGAGAAUCUUAAAAUCUCAUCUUUGUAUGAUAGCCGGUUGUCCAAACUAUAAUAAAAGAAUCAAAUGAAGUUUCUUCCACUAGGUGGCAGUACUUGUCCACAUCCUGACCUUCAUGAAAUAAGCAUGUGUUGGACACCGACUUUCUGACAGAUACUAUUCCAGGUGCUGGGGUCUCAGAGAACGGAAAAGGCAUGUUCCUACCGGUGCAGAGUUAACAGCUGAGUGAGUCAAUUCUUGUAGUAGAGCAUAAUAAGUGUUUUGUUUAUGAUAGAGAUCAGAACAAUGCUGGGCACAGGGGUACCUAGAGAAGGGUUGUGCCAGUAGGGUUCUUGAUUGGCAAGGAAUAUGAGAUUGAGGAAGGGUGGCAGGACCAGGGUGGCUCAGGUCCUGAGAGAAAGACAGAAGAUGUGGUCAGAGAGACAGUGUGUACAUCUCAGAUAAAGAAGAGCCUUGAACUGAGCGAAGGAUUUGGGACACAUUCUAGAAUGUUUGGGAAGUCAAUGAAGAGUUUUAAGCAGAGGAUUCUUUAUCAGACGUUGCUUACUUCUAAGCAAUAGAGACUAGCUUUGGCUAAGAAGAAAAGGAACAUGUUUAAAAGGAUUCUGGAUAGCUCAGGGAAUUUGGGGGAGGACUAAAGAAGUGGUUCCUGGAUAAUACCAGAAAUGGAACUCAACCACGCUGCAGAACUGGCCUGAUGAGGAAACUAUCAUGAUUGGGAUUGCUGCUGCUGCCCCACCUGGCCCUGGAGGAAACUGUCACCCUGACAGGAACCACUGUGGAAUGGCUGCCACCUUCAUAUGCCACAUGUUUUUGCAGCCUCCUGCACCAACAAAAUGCCAGGCUUCCAAAAGAACCUGUUUCCUCACUUUGCUCACUUCUAAAUCAAAGGCUCAUAGGGAUGCAUCUGCUUGAGGGAGAUCGAGUCCCAUGUCUGAGUCCUGGCUACAAAGGAGAAUGAGAUUGGGAGUCUGAACUCCUUCCUUGGGAAGGCAAGACUUAAAAUAAUUGGAAUUUCUGCCAGGUGUAGACAGGCUGUUCAAAAGAUGAUAGGAAGCCAUGAGUCUGACAGGUGUACACCACAAGGGGCAUAGGUCAGAUCUGAAAUAUGAAUCUAUCACUGGUCAAGUACAGGGGAUACACCACAAGGGGCAUAGGUCAGAUCUGAAAUGUGAAUCUAUCACUGGUCAAGUACAGGGGAUACACCACAAGGGGCAUAGGUCAGAUCUGAAAUGUGAAUCUAUCACUGGUCAAGUACAGGGGAUAUAUAUUAGAUCAGAGUUCCUCAAUCUUGGCACUGUUGACAUUUGGGGCCUCGUAAGUCGUAGUUGUGGAGGACUAUUGUGUGCCUUGUAAGAUGUUCAGCAGCAUCCCUGGUCUAUCCACAAAUGCUACUAGAAACCUCUCUCUCAGUUGUAAGAGCAAAAGAUGUCCUCAAACUUUGCCCCAUGUUCCCCAGAAGGCAAAAUUGUCUUGAAAUUAGGGACCAGCUCAGUUAGGAGACUCUUUUGGUAACUGAAAGAAGGAAGCAAUUAGCGGGAUGACAGUAAGAAUGUAGACGAUGGGUGAGCAGGGAUGAUGUUACAGAGAUAGACAUAAUAGAAGUUGGAAAAUGGCUAUAUUUGGAGGCCUUAUUGGUUAGGAUACAGCUUCAGCUACCCUAACAGAGAUCUGAAUAGUAACCUAAAAAAGAUAGAAGUCUGUUUCUCUCUGAGAUACCAUUCUUGGAGAAAACAGUGCAAGGCUAAUGUGGUGGCCAUCUUUAAAGACCAUCUACCACAGUCCACCUCUCAGUACUGUGUAACCCUGGAUAAGUUACUACCUAUAAAAAUGAAAAUAGUAACAAGAAUGUAUCAGACAGCCGUGUUGUAAAGGUUAAGUGAGAGAAUACCUUUGGUUGUCUUUUGUUUUAAGCCACUACAUUUGCGACCAUUUGUUAAAACAAUGAAAACUAAUCUACCUGGGAUCCUUGUCUCAAUCCUUUGCCCAGUAGGGUGUAACCACUGGCAUGGCAGAAGUAAUCCAAUCACAGGGAUUUAGCAGGGUCCUGGAAGAGAACCAGAGCAUCUCCAAGGCACUGCCAAGAUUUAAGAUCCCACUUUAAUGUCUGCAAGCAACAGUUACUGCAACUUUCAAAGAGUUCAGAAAUGUGGUGCUGCUGUGAAACUACACUUUGGGAACCACUGGUCUGGACCAUGUGAUCUUGCUGUUGUUGUUUUGGGUUGUCUUAACAGUACGAAGCACUUUGAGGUGAUAGUAUCUGUAGGUGGAGAUUUUGCGAGGUGCUCAAGUCAUGAUGGUGGAACCCUGAUGAAUGGGAUUAAUGCCUCAUAAAAGAGCCUCCAGAGAGAUCCCCGCCUCCUUCCACUGCGUGAGGACAUUGGCAGAAGGUGCUGGCUGUGAACCAGGAAGAUGUGAUCGUGCUGGCUCCUUAAUCUUGGACUUCCCAGCCUCCAGAACUCAGCUGAGUUCAAGGCUCAAGUGGAGAACACAUAGCUUCAAAGGCAGAAGGAAUCAAAGGUGCUCCCCAGCGUUGGACGCUCCCUCCACUUGAGAUGCAUACAAAGAUAGUCGGAGUCCUCUGGGGAUGUUUCUUCCUGUGGAAUCUCUACACUUCAUCCGCCCGGACCAUUUACCCUGGCAUCAAGGCUAGGGCUACUCAGCGGGCUCUGGACUAUGGCGUUCAAGCUGGGAUGGAGAUGAUUGAGCAAAUGCUUAAGGAAAAAAACAUCCCAGACUUAAAGGGUUCUGAAUCUCUGGAAUUUCUGAAGGUUGAUUAUGUGAACUACAAUUUUUCAAACAUAAAAAUCAAUGCCUUUUCAUUUCCAAAUACUUCAUUAGCCUUUGUGCCUGGGGUGGGGAUCAAGGCACUGACUAACCACGGCACCGCCAACAUCAGCACCGACUGGGAGAUCAAGUCUCCACUCUUCCAAGACACAGGAGGAGCUGAUCUGUUUCUCUCUGGGGUCUACUUCACCGGUAUCAUUGUUCUUGCCCGAAAUGACUUUGGUCACCCAAUCCUGAAGCUCCAAGACUGCUACGCCCAAGUGAACCAUGCCCACGUCUCAUUUUCCGGAGAACUCAGUGUCCUGUACAACUCCUUCGCUGAGCCCAUGGAGAAACCCAUUUUAAAGAACUUAAAUGAAAUGCUGUGUCCCAUUAUCAUGAAUGAGGUGGAAGCCCUGAACGCCAACCUCAGCACGAUAGAGGUUUUAACCAAGAUAGACAACUAUACUCUCCUGGAUUAUUCCCUAAUCAGUUCUCCAGAAAUUACUGAGAAUUAUAUCGACCUGAAUUUGAAGGGCGUAGUCUACCCACUAGAAGACCUCACUGACCCUCCCUUCUCGCCAGUUCCUUUUGUGCUGCCGGAACGCAGUGACUCGAUGUUGUAUGUUGGAAUCUCUGAGUUUUUCUUUAAAUCUGCAUCCUUUGCUUACUUUACAGCUGGAGCCUUCAACGUCACUCUCUCCACGAAAGAGAUUUCCAACCAUUUGGUUCAAAACUCUCAAGGUGUUGGCAACGUGCUCUCCAGGAUCGCAGAGAUCUACAUCUUGUCCCAGCCCUUCUUGGUACGAGUCAUGGCAACGGAGCCUCCCGUGAUCAGUUUACUACCGGGUAAUUUCACCCUGGACAUCCCUGCCUCCAUCAUGAUCCUCACCCAGUCCAAGAACUCAACUGCUGAAGCCAUCGUUUCCAUGGACUUUGUUGCCAGUACCAGUGUUGGCCUGGUUAUUUUGGGACAAAGACUGGUCUGCUCAUUGUCUCUGAACAGAUUCCGCCUCUCUUUACCAGAGUCCAAUCGCAGCAACAUUGAGGUCUUGAGGUUUGAGAAUAUUCUGUCCUCCAUUCUCCACUUUGGUAUCCUCCCACUGGCCAACGCAAAAUUGCAGCAAGGAUUUCCGCUGCCCAACCCACACAAAAUCUCCUUUGUCAAUUCAGAUAUUGAAGUUUUUGAGGGUUUCCUUUUGAUUUCCACUGACCUGAAGUAUGAAACAUCCUUAAAGCAGCAGCCAAGUUUCCAUGGUUGGGAAGGUCUGAACUUCAUAAAUGGACAGUGGAGGGGGAAGCCAGCUGCUUGAUUGCCUGUUGGGAGUCCACUCCAGGAAGUAGAUGGCCCUUAGUCCCACAGCUACUGUAAACCCGGAAGGGGCAGACAGUACACACUGGGUUGUAAGCCCUAGUGAAAUGCUUAGGCUGACAGUUUUCUUUCUCAAACCCUCAGGGAAGAGGGAGGCAAACUGGGUUAAAGAGCUAAAUCAGGGUGUGUGUCUCCACGUGUAUGGAGGGAUGGGUGUUUGGAUGCGUGUUCAUGUUUGAAUGCACAUUUGUGUGCUCCUGUGUUAAUAAGGUGCUGGGGCCAAGAGCUAGGCCUGCGCUUCUGAGGAGGUGCCUGAGAAACUCUAAUUUGCGUGACAUCUCCCUUGAGCUCUUUCAGCAACCCAGGGUUUCCCACACUUCCCCGCAUAUUGGAUUUUAUGUUUUAUAUUUACUGCUACUGUCCUCUGUUUUUAAUUAAACUUGUUUUCUAUCAAUGUCAA